CGUGUGUGUGUGAGCGUGCCAGGGCUGGAAAGAUGGCGGCCUGUGCGUUACGCCGAGGUUUGUGGAGCACUGUCAGUAAAUACAACAAGAAACACACGCACCGAAUACUGAGUGUGGUUGACAGCAGCAGCGGGUUUGAGGUGAACAGACCGCGGGUUCAAUGCCGAGCCUGUGGACUGUCCGGCGGUGCUCAGCAGAGGAGGUUCAUGUCGUCACGGAACAGGCCUGAAGGGAAGAUUUUGGAGACGGUGGGAAUGUUUGAGGCUGUGAAGCAGCACGGCAAAUAUGAAACAGGACAGCUGUUUCUCCAUAGUGUUUUUGGCUACAGAGGCAUCGUCUUGUUUCCUUGGCACGCCAGACUCUAUGACAGAGACAUCACCCCCCCCAUGUCUGACAGCAAACCUGAGCCCCCAGGAGCCCAUGGCUCCAAGGAGGUGAAGGGGAAGACCCACACCUACUACCAAGUCCUGAUUGACACUAGGGACUGCCCUCACAUAUCUCAGAGGUCCCAGACAGAGGCAGUGACGUUUUUGGCCAACCAUGAUGACAGCAGAGCCCUGUACGCCAUCCCAGGUCUGGACUAUGUGAGCCAUGAAGACAUCCUGCCCUAUAACUCUGCAGAGCAGGCCCCUAUCCAGCACGAGCUGUUCGAGCGCUUCCUCAUGUACAACCCUGACAAAUCUCCUCCGUUCACAGCCAGAGACACCCUGAAGGCGUGGCAGGAGAAGAACCACCCCUGGCUGGAGCUCUCAGAUGUCCACCGGGAAACCACCGAGAACAUCAGAGUAACUGUCAUCCCCUUCUACAUGGGCAUGAGGGAGGCCCAGAACUCCCAUGUUUACUGGUGGCGCUACUGUAUCCGUCUAGAGAACAUGGGCGACGAGGUGGUUCAGCUGAGAGAGAGGCACUGGAGGAUCUUCAGCCUGUCAGGAACCCUGGAGACGGUCCGUGGACGAGGAGUCGUAGGCAGGGAGCCGGUGUUGUCUAAAGAACAGCCAGCCUUUCAGUACAGCAGCCACGUGUCUCUACAAGCUCCCAGUGGACACAUGUGGGGGACGUUUCGUAUCGAAAGGACUGACGGCUCCCACUUCGAUGUUCGCAUUCCUCCUUUCUCCCUGGAGAGCAACAAAGACGACAAAGCACCCCCCGCUGGCUAUACAUUUUAAGUGCCAGUAGUGACCUCCCACCUGUGAGGCCCCGGACAAGCUUUCAGUCGUGGUCCUGUCUGGGUUGUCUAGAAUUGUUCUCCUCCUGUAACGUUGCCUCAGCCUUCAGCGUAAGACUAGCGUGAGUCAGAUUAUGCAAAGGGAAAAUAUAGCAUUGUCUAGAUCAUCCAAAUGCAGAUCCACCUUUCCUGCCAGAGUGCACCCAACAGCAGUAUGUCAUUGAUUAAAUCAUAUACAGUAGAAACAUUAGUGACAGUCCACUACGUCUUCAGUCCGUGAUGUGUUUGGAGAGACAUGCACGUUCUAGUGAAAGAGCACUGGGAGGUGGGGAGG